CCUCCCGGAAUGUCAGCAAUGAUCCAGAUGUCAUAAAACUGCAGGAAAUCCCAACUUUCCAGCCCCUUUUGAAAGGAUGUCUUCUGUCAGAGGAACUCCUGAUCCCUCCAGCACUGAGAGAAAUGAAGUUAGCAGGGGAUGCUGAGGCUCUUACUUCAGGCUCACCUGCACUCCCAGGUGAGGAGAGAGGUGGUUUCUCUGCAGACCUACGGACUCCUCAGUGGGCAGACCUCUCCAACCAACACCAAACUGGAAAAGCUGGACCCCCAGCAGGUGCUGCAGCUGUGUCUCCGGUACCAAGAUCAUCUUCAGCAGUGUGCAGAAGCGGUUGCCUUUGAUCAGAACGCACUCGUGAAGCGGAUCAAGGAGAUGGACCUCUCUGUGGAAACUCUUUAUAGCUUCAUGCAGGAGCGCCAGAAGAAGUAUGCCAAGUAUGCAGAGCAGAUCCAGAAGGUCAAUGAGAUGUCUGCCAUCCUCCGCCGUAUACAGAUGGGCAUCGACCAGACGAUCCCGCUGAUGGAGCGGCUGAACAGCAUGCUGCCGGAGAGCGAGAGGCUGGAGCCCUUCAGCAUGAAACCCGACCGGGAGCUGAAGUCUUAGCUGUGACCCGGCGGGCUCCCCCUCCUCACCUUCCACGCUCCAGCGUUCAGCACAGACGCACUUCCAACGGGGCGGGCUGGCAGAUGUUUGAAGGGGACGGCAGUGCUGCCUGACUCUCUGCCAGGGCAUCGGAGGAAGAGCAGCGUCAGCUGCCAGAACUGCGCAGCCAGGAAUCCAGGAGCUCCCCGGUCCCGACGUCUGGAGAUGAUGAUUUACGGUUCUUUCAUCUCCCUCCUCUUGCCCUCCUGUCUCCUUUACCACUACCACCGCCUGUGCCGAGACAUUUGUUUCAUUGCUGUGACUAGACUGGGGUUUACAGAGGAGGAGUUUUCUUUCAUCUGAUUUUUUUUUUUUUUUUUUUUUACUAGAAAAAUUCAAAGGGAUACGGGGUGUGACAAACCCUCUAACAUGGCUUUUGUGCCACUGAGGUUUAGACGAUUAGAUGGCUGGCAGGUAUUUCUGAGAUCCCCUGGCCUUGGAAAUAAGUGUGUUUUAUAGGUGAAAGUGUGGGAGCCAGGAACUGGCUUAUUAAAAUCUGCCUAUUAUCAUAAUUAACAUGGUUUGCAUGGCAGGGUUUUGGCAUGUCCUCCUCAAGGCUCCUGUUUUUAUGGGCUCGCUAAUUUAUGAGGCUGUAAAGGAAUAACUGUUCCAGAUAUAUAUGUCUGUUAAUGUUAAGCAAGCCUUAGCGUUCCUCUCCCCCUUGCCCUGGCAAUGUCCCUGUGCCCCAGCUGGUGGCAUUUCGUGUCCCUCACCUUGCACAGUGAUUCUGACGGGCACUGGCACCAACCUGUUCACUGCGCAUCCCAAAGUUGGGACACGCGGUGGUUUUUUGGUUUGUGUUUGGUUUGUUUUGGUUUUUUAAUUUAUUUAUUUUUAUUGGGACACUCCAGUUAUCUCGGUGCUGUCUUUUUCUACCAGAGGGAUGCAGUUGUUUCUUUACCUUCAAGUGUAUGGAGUUGGAGGGGGGAGAUACGAGAAGUCCUCUAGGUCUUCUCCUCAGCUAUAGCUGCCGUCGUGCCAAGAGCUUGUCUGAGCGCGCUGUUUUAUGACUGAAACCACACGGCCCUUUGGGACCGCGCUCAGCAAACUGCUCCAAAGGCAACAAGGUGUUCUUGCCUUCUCCCAAGCCGAGGGCCCUGCUGGAAGGCAGGCAGCGUCUCCACGCCGCCCGGGCGCUGGGCUGGCCUGUAGGAGACUGCUUCAUCGCCAAGUCUGCCACUGGCCUGCUGGCUGCAGGCGAUUUGCAGCACCUCUCUGAGUUUUGGUUUCUUCCUGUAUAAAACGGGGGGAUAUUCUACACGCUGCUGUAAAAAUAUUUACGAGUCUAGAAUAAGGUUUAACAGCCCGUGUCGCCAUUGCGUGGCAGCUCUUGUCUGCAGCAGAAAGGCCAUGAAACCAGAAGCGAGGAUUUUGCCUCCGUCAAGGGUGGGUUUGUGUGUGUAUGUUAGUCCCAGGAUGCUGUUGCUGGCGAGGAAGCUGAAGUGCCCCCAUGAACCCCAAAGGCUGUUGUACAUGAGGAGUGCAAUUCCAGGGGUGAGGACGGCUGUCUUUGAGCGAGUCAGUGUGACAACCCAUCUUCCAGUACAGCACAAGGAUAGGUGACUUUCUGAAGGCAACUUGCUUCGAUACCUCCUGGUAGUUAAGAGUACUUACUCAGCAAAAGAUGGUCUCUAAGCAUUUGGGAGUAAGAGCAUGGUAGGUUUUUGCCGGUAUUAAUUGCUGCCUGGUGGCAGGAAGAAAGAGGCCGUUCUCUUGUUGCAUUCCCAAAGGCCACAUAGCCUAGAGUGAAUUUUGUGAUGUGGACUGCAGCCAGCGUAGAUGUGUGUCUGAACCGUAGCGGUGGUUGGUCCUCAGGGCCAGCUGAACACUGUCUGAAAGCAGAGUCCCAUAGAAAUGAAGUCCCCUGGAAUGAUGCCCUGGGAAGAGCCAGUGACUGCUUGAGAGACGACAAGGAACUCUGCAGAUUUUUCUAGUAAAGGCAGCAGAGUGGGCCUGGUUGUCUGUUGCUUCCACCCUGGAGUUGUUAUGCAGUUGUACAUACGUGGGUGUAUGCUGUAUGUUGAACGGGAUAUAACAUCAGGCUUCCAUCCUUGCUCGUGCAUCCUGCAGUAUUUUACACUUGGUUUGUUAAAAGCUUACAUGAGAAUUAACAACCCAUAAAAACCUGCUUGUCCUCAUUGCCCGUCACUGAAGAUGUCUGCCUCCCGCCAUCAGACACACCAGAAUAUUCAGCAGCUUUAAAUAGCGGCUGCAGGCAUUUUUGUCCUCCUUGUCCAGAUGAUGCUGUCUGGAAGUUUAGAAUGUCCGACAUUCAGCCGUCUGCCAGACAGGAUCAGAGAUAUCCCACACCCUGGCGUGCUGGAAGCCUAUACCGGUGGGAAGAUGCUGAUACUGGAUCUCGAGGCGGGGGCUAGGCUGCAGAUGCUCUCUCCUGUAAAGCUUCUAGACAUUUGGCCUCGUGCUAUUAAGUAUCAGAUCAAAGCAUUGCCCCCUGCCGUGCUAAUGAGGGCAAGUGAAUAGUAUUCCUAUCCGAAAGCUGCAGGAGCGAGGGCUGCAAAUCAGUUCCUUCCUUAUUUGCUAUGAAACACCUAGACACUGGGCUGAUAAUGGGAGAAAAUGCUUGUUCCGAUGAACACUGGCCUUUAAGCUUGUGGAUGUGGUGCUGGGCCUCCCAGCUAGAGCUUUCUGAGCAGCAAAGGGUAAGCUGUGAAAAACGUCAGUAGCUUAACUAGAAAGAAAUCAGAGCUGAAAUGCGAAGGCCGACCUCUUCCAAAGCACGCAGGUCAUCACCUUUGGUCCACAGGUGAUGGUGUCUUGUAUGGGUACUGUAAGAUAGCGUGCACCCUCUAACUGUUCUCAAAUGAUGGUUUACAGUUUUAUUUAAAACAUAAUCACUGGCUUCGUUAACUGUAAGUCUUUGGACCUCUCACCCGAGGGGAAGAAAUUUCCUGCCACGUCAUCUUGAGCUGCUGUUUGUUGCCUGGCUGUUCCUCGUUUGCUUUGCUCUGCACGCUGCUUUCAGCUUCAUCGCAGAUGCAAGUGAUGCUCAAGGUGAGACUGUUGCUUCACUCCCUUUCACACUGGUUAGCAGACUUGAGAUGUGACUGGAAUUGCCUUUCUGCUUAUGAAUUUCCUUUUCCAAGCCAAACGCUGUUGGAGAAGGCCUCGGGUAUCUCUCACGAAUGUACUAGCUGUUACUUCUACCACAACGUUAGUGCUAUGAACAAGAGAAUAAUCUGGCGUGCUCCACGGAAAACAACAUUUCUGCCCUUUUCUGCUUUCUGAGGUGGCAUGUGGUUGGGCUGGAGAACCUGGUGAGUCUCUGGGUCUGCAGUUCCCUGCUGGCCUGGGCUGCUCUGGUUCUUCCCCUGAAUCUGCUGCUGCGACCCCCACUUUGUGCUGCUGCUCGUGCUUGUUGCGUCCUUCACAGGUCAGCGUGCCACACGCGCAGAAGGGGUUUGCUUUGUUGUUUCCGUUGUUUUUGUAAUUUAAUGCAUUGACAGGGUGCUAGAAUGCCAACCUAUCUAUCUGCAGGACAAUUUCUGUGAAGAUCAGUGAAGGGGAUAGAAG